AUGCCCGACGCAAACGUACUCGGAACUCCAGGGAGUCUGGAAAUCAUAAAUCCUCAUGUACCAGCCAGUCCUGGAAGUCCACCAAUCGACUUCGAAUGUCUGCUCAAGUCCGGGAGAUCAUUAGCAGUCAGAAGAAGCUGUAGUAGUAGUAGUAGGAGGAGGAGGAGGAGGAGGAGGAGGACGAGAACACAAGUCGAUGGAUUGCUGGAAAACCCUCUGGAGAUGGAAGUCAUAAAUUCUCAUGUACCAGGUAGACCUGGAAGUCCAGCAAUCGACUUCGAAUGUCUGGUAAAAUCCAGAUCAUUAGCAGUCACAGGGGAGUUCCUGAGAAGAAGAAGAAGAAGAAGAAGAAGAAGAAGAAGAAGAAGAAGAAGAACACAAGACGAUGGAUUGCUGGAAAACCAUCUAGAUAUUAGAGAUCAUCCUCAUAUACCAUCUAGAAAGUCUAGACACUGGAAGAAGAAGAAGAAGAAGAAGAAGAAGAAGAAGAAGAAGAAGAAGAAGGUAAAAACAAGAGACGAUGGAUUGCUGGAAAACCAUCUAGAAUUGGAAAUCAUAAAUCCUCAUGUACCAUCUAGACCUGGAAGUCCACCAAUUGACUUCAAAUGUCUGCUAAAGUUCAGGAGAUCAUUAGCAGUCACAGGGGAGUCCCGAGAAGAAGAAGAAAAGAAGAAGAAGAAGAAGAAGAAGAAGAAGAAAAACACAAGACGAUGGAUUGCUGGAAAACCCUCUGGAGAUGGGUUUUUUUUUUUACCUCCUCUGGAAGAAAAGAGGGUCCCGAUUAAUUCUACUCUGGUUGUUUCUCUCUGUGGCACAGAGGAGGAGGAGGGGGAUGAGGAGGAGGAGGAGGAGGAGGAGGAGGAGGAGGAGGAGGAGGAGGAGGAGGAGGAAGAGCGAAGCAUUUGCCAAGCUUGA